AUGGUCACCGAAAGAACAUCGUUACAGGGAUCUGGUCAAAGGGAAGAGUCGGAUAAAAACCUAGACAUCCCAAAUGAUCAGGAGCGGCUUGCAGCGUUGGAACAACAGGUCCAAACUCUGAAUCAAGGUAUAGACCAUUUGAUCCAGCAAAUUGCAGUAAUCCUGCAACACCUUGUUCCACCGGUUCAACAGAAAUUGCCACGACAAGAUUUUUCGAACCCGAAUAGAGGUAAUGGGAAUCCUGAAGGGCAGGAUAAGCAUCCUCCUCGACAUGAGACAGAAGUGGAACAAAGCCAGAUAGGGAACGGACAUAGAGAAAUGAUCCACCCAUCUCUUCCACAGAGUUCCCGACCUCAUGAAAACACAACUGUCGUUCAAAAGGCAGAGGAGAUUUCCCACGUUGACCUAGAGAUACAAGAUCUCAAGGCAAAGAUAGAGGAUGUGAUGCAGGCCAUAAAGGGAAAAGGUAUUGCAGCUAUAGAUAGUUUGGUGCAGAAGACCAACUUGCCGUUCAGCCCCUCAGUUAUGAAAUGCCCCUUACCGAGCAAAUUUAGAAUGCCCUCAAUUGAGAGUUUCGACGGAACUAAAGAUCCCAUUGACCACUUGGAGACUUUUCAAGCGCUAAUGUAUUUGCACGCGAUGCCAGAUGAGAUCAUGUACAGGGCUUUCCCAACAACUCUCAAAAGAUCAGCACGAGUGUGGUUUAACAAGCUGAAGCCAGGGACCAUCGAAACCUUUGAAGAAUUGAGUAAGCGUUUCAUGGGAUACUUCAUUGCUAGCCAGAAGCAUAGAAGGCUGGUUACAUACCUUCUUAUUGUAAAGCAGCAGAAAGGAGAGUCACUGCGAGACUACAUUGGUCGUUUCAAUACGGAAAUGUUGCAGGUGGAGGAAGCGGAUGACAAGGUGGCUUUAGCCGCCUUUAUAGGAGGACUCCAAAUCUCGAGAUUUCUCUUUCUUUAUCAGAAGAACCCCUUACCAGCAUGGUGA